UACACCUGGACCUGAUGGGAUCACCGCCCCCAUGCUUAAGAACGCUCCGGAGUCAGCCAGGCGAGCAAUGUUGCAAUGGUUCAACCAAAUCUGGGACACUGGCGAUUUCCCGGAAGAAUGGAGGAUAUCCGUGGUGACGCCGAUUCCGAAAGCUGGGAAACCCGCGACAGAUCCGGCGAACGUACGGCCGAUCUCCCUCACCUCUAUCAUGGGAAAGCUCAUGGAGAGAAUGGUCCUGGCCAGAAUCCAACACAACAUACGCCACAAAGGAAUACUCCACCCCACGCAGACUGGGUUUCGGGCUAACCUAAGUACCCACGACAGCCUGCUUAUGAUCUACAACGAUGUUAUCGAUCGGCCGCGAAGCGAUGGAAGUCUGAGAGUAAUCGUAUCAAUUGACAUCAAGAAAGCGUUUGACAGCGUCCCCCACGAAUCUGUAGUCGGCAAGAUGGAAGAGCAGGGGCUCACUGGCAAACAAUUGGAUUUUGUGAAGUCUUUCCUUGCGAACCGCAAGUACAGAAUAAAGGCAGGUUACGGAAAGGAAGCGCGAGAAGGCCCGACUAGCGAAAACAACAUCGGCGUGCCGCAAGGAGCAGUUCUCUCGCCAACGCUAUUUAACAUAGUUAUGGCACCACUGCACUGGCGGCUCUACAAGAUCGAGAAGCUGAAAGCGACGGCGUAUGCAGACGACGUCACUAUAUGGACGCAUGAAGGUACGCCAGAGCAACAGGAGGCAGCACUGCAAGAAGGACUAAAUACCAUCGGCGACUUUUUGAAAGAAGUAGGGAUGAGACCAUCCCCAGAAAAGACUAAAUACACCGUGUUCGGGGCCGGUAACGUCCAAAGAAACCUGCAGCUCACCUUCGCCGGGGACCCAAUCGUUCGGGAAGAGAGCAUCAAGCUUUUAGGGGUCACCUUCGGAAACUCACCCAGCAUCACUGACAAGUGGAUGGCCGAGAUGAGAAAGAAGUGGAAGCAAGGCCUCAACCUGGUCAGAAGAAUCUCCCAUCGACUUGGAGGAGCCGGAGAAGCAACGGCAAGGAAGUUAGUAAUGGCCACACUGGUCUCGAAAAUCACAUAUGCGGCGCGAUUUUAUUCAUUACGGUCGUGUCACAAGAACCAGUUCCGAGCUAUGGUCGGAACUGGUUCUUGUGGCACACUGGCCACACUGGUCUCGAAAAUCACAUAUGGGGCGCGAUUUUAUUCAUUACGGUCGUGUCACAAGAACCAGUUCCGAGCUAUGCUCAAUGACGCACGAAGAGCCAUCUUGGGGCUACCAAGAAGUACAAAAACGGAGAGGAUGAGGCAACUCAUCUUUUUGCCAGAAAUUGAGGACCUACUGGUGCAGCAGACAGUGACGCACACGGCGCGUGUGCAUCACACAGAGGAAGGCCGAGCAGUGGCAAGCUACAUAGGCAUCAAGCUCCCGGAGACCCUAGACCCCCUCCCCCCAAGCAAGGCACCGUGGGAUGUGAUUAGCGUCACGCAAGGUGCGAAACCCCUUCCAAGAAAUAUGGACCCGGAGCGACACAAAGCCCGCAGGAAAAGGUACGCCCAACAGCACAAGAAGAAGGUCAAGGAGCUGUUGGCAAGCCAGCACAACACAGUGGUGUACGUCGAUGGAGCAACAAAAGGGAAGGAGUAUGCCGCAGGAGCAGUCUUCUACAGAGGCGAGGGGGCAACUCCCUUUGAAAUUGCCACUAGCAGCGGACUGGGCACGGAGGUCACAUCAGACACGGUAGAAGAAGCGGCUCUUCUGUUCACGUUGGGAGUAUACGGGCACCUCCCCGGCAAGACGAGAAACCUCAUUAUCUAUACGGACUCCCAGGAGGCGGUACGAAACAUGUACAAGCUCAAAGCAACUGCAAGCCCGACGGUACACGCCUUCUUCGACACGGCGCUCAGCCUAUACCGGGAGCACGGCACAAGAAUCAGUGUACGAUGGGUCCCGGGACACCAGGAGAUCUCAGGAAACGACAUGGCUCACGCAGCGGCACAGUGCGGGAUGAGAAGAAUUCCUCAGUUGCCAUCCCAACAGGCGUCCAACUGCGAAGAGUCAGUCGAACAGCCAGAAAAUACGACAUGCUACGACCCCGUCGAAGAGCUGCGUAGAUGUCGCAAGAUGCGAAAGAUUCAACUAGCGGAAAAGUGGCAACCCGAGGACUACCCGCUUCCGGCGAAAACCUUCAAGCGAAAGGAAACGGUUCAACUUCGGCGCAUCCAUACCGAAGGCGCGGUCACGCCAAGGCUCAAGUACCACAUCAACCUCUCGCAAUUGCGGCGGACGCAGCCGUACGCGGUCCCUCGGGACCCGCGAUGUCAGAGAUGCAAGGAUCCAGAAGCCAUUCCCAGGCUCGACCAUCUCCUAUGGGAAUGCCAAGCUCUAGCCUUGUGCAGAGUGGAAGCCAUCGAGACGCUACCCGAGGAAGACAGACCCAAGAGACUCGUGGAUUGGACGCACCCACAGGGCGAAGCCCAACGCCGGACGAGGAUCCUCCAGUCGCUUCUGGACUUCGUAGCCAAGUCCGAUCUUGGGGACUCCAUAUGA